AGGAUGUUUUGGCAACAGUGCAAUUGCACCCGAGGCCAAAGUCCCUCCUACAGGUUCAUGAAAGAUUGGAAGAUGAGGCCGACGAGGCGCUGUUCCUACUUCAACAUUGAUGAUAAACUGUGCAUAGAUUUCGUCAACUUCGAGUUCCUGAGUCGAGUCGAUUCCUGUGACUGCGUGUCUCCCUGCGAGGAAACCACAUACGAUGUUCAGACAACUUACACAAACCCAAACCUCAAGUUCUUCACCGUAGCGCAGAACCUGAAGAACUUGUACACAGGUUCUGACCUUUGUUCAGACGGUGAUAACAAUACAGCUCGUCUGCAUAUUUACCUGAACAGCUUAGACCACGAGGUUGUUGAAGAACUGGCAUCAUACACGUGGGAAACCCUGCUCUGCAACGUUGGCGGGAACUUCGGUCUGUUCAUCGGCCUCUCCAUCGUGUCCGUGGCUGAACUGAUCGAGGUGCUCUUCGAUCUCCUUGUGACUUAUAUCAGACGUCGUGGGAACUGA